AUGUCAUCGCUUGCGGGCCUUCCCACGGCGACGCAGCACAUGCUCUCUGCGGCCGGCAUUACAACGAGACAUGAGCUCCUCAAACUUGUGGGCCCACCAGCCUCGGGCAAGUCACAGUUUAUUGUCUCGGCUGCUCUUGACUCGGUCUUUGUCGUCAACGGCUCGGAAGGUCCUGCCGAUGCCCUUGCCGGCGCGUCGGAUGCGGCGCCGGCGUGGAUUCUCGACUCGUCGGCCUCGUUCUCGGUUGAUCGGCUGGUGGAGAUGGUGCAUGCUCGGCUGGCGUCGGCACCGGCAGAGGUGCAGGAGGCGGCGGCGGCAGAGUUGGAGACAGCGCUCGCCCAUCGUCUUCGGAUUGUAGCUGUUCAUUCGGUGGCAGACGUCCUCGACGCGCUCGAUGCUGUCGAGGCGCAGCUGGAGAAUGCUGCGGCGAUAGCGCCGCGGCUGGUGGCGGUCGACUCGAUUGCUGACAUCCUCUCGCCCAUCGUCGGUUCGGGCCGCCGCGCACUCGCCGAUGUCGCCACUGUCGGCGCGCGGCUCCGCGACAUUGCGGCUGCGGGCGUCAUCGUUCUCGUGACCAAUCGGGUCACCGCCUCGGGCACGACUCCGGCGCUGGGCCGGGCGUGGCGGUUUGUGCCAGACGUCCGGCUCAUGCUCGAGCCGCACCUGGAGCACCAGGCGACCCACGUGCGCGUCGUUGCCUGCCCGCGGCUCGCGCUCUCGGACAGCCCGCUGACGUUCGCCAUUACUGCCGAGGGCAUUGUGGGCGUCGCGCCGUGA